AAGUUUGAUAAGUUCAAAUAGUUUUGCUCUGUUAUUGAGGCCCCUAACAUUAAGCAUAGAGAUUAUAAUAAGGUUUUUCAAGAGUGAUAAUGGUGUAAAAAAGGGGUUAUUAAGAGAAGGUAGUAUGGAUGUUAAGGAUAAAGAAGAAAUAUUAUUAGUUGAAUUUUGUGUAAGAGAUUAA